AUGGAUCUUGCUGGAGGCUUCGUGCCUCUGUCACCGCCGCCGUCCUCAGUCGCGUCCUCGAAUACCCCAAACUCGCUGCCACAACCGCGAAGAACACCCCUCAAGCCUGGUGGUACCAAGGAGUCGAAACUGAUUCGUUAUGUCGACCAGCAACUGCUUCACAUCCAAAGGCGCUUUGCAAAGAGAGACCCAUCCCUGGGGCGUGGCGGUAAAAGGCUGCAACAAUCAGACGAGUGGAAUGAUGUACAAGGUUACUCCAGCUUUGGAGAAGCUGCAAAAGAUGUGGACGAGCUCGUUGCUGUCAUCUGGAUCAGUGGCACACCAGCUCUGCAGGUACCCUACCUGAUCAACCUCGCUCUUUUUGUGAAUACAAUGAUCCCGGCAUUUCCACUUGCUCCUCGUCCGCUUUUCAGAUUGCUGGGCAAGCUUGACCAUGCCUUUGCUUCGUUGAUUGUGGGCAGAGAUGUUGCCACCGACGAGACGCUUCCUGGCUUCAACACAGGUCGUGGUGUCAGCGGUACUGAAAAGGUCCGUAUAAAGAGUUUGGUCGAAAGGACACGAGUAUGCGUCGUCGAAGUCGUAAACAAGGGAGAGUUUGACGAGGACGAAGAUGUUCGUGAACCUUCCCCAGAAGAUGCUGACGCUGAUGGUGAUUUGAUCCUGGAUGAUGACGAACCCGAAGACAUCAACGUCCAUGAUGAUGAAGACGACGAUGAUUGGCACAUGCAAAUAAGUAGAGUCUAUGACAAAACAAUGGUCGAGUUAGGCGAUUCGAUGGAAGGAGGUCCUCCGAUCGGUAUAAUAACAGAAUCCAGAAUCGGAACUUGA